AUGUCCUUAUUUGUUCAUCCUCUUGAACAGCAACCUCAACCAUCUGAACAAGAAAAGCCAACAUUUGUGCCUGAUUCUCAUAUAGAUUCUACCGCCAUGUCUCAACAAGCACAUCUAGAACAAGCACAGCAACAAACUCCGUCUUCAUCACCAUCUCCACCCCCUCCUCGUCCUCAACAACGAGCCUACUCUGUCACUGCAAUGCCAAGCGAAUUACAGAAAUCAGUAAUGAGACAUCAGGAAGCAGAGCAUCAGGAGAAGCUUCGUCAUAAUCAGCCUUGGUGGCAAUACUACUACCAAUUAUACCAUUAUCAUCUGCCACCGGGAAGAAAGCCAACAGUGUUUGGUCCCUAUUUGCUGUUGCAAACCAUGGGUGAGGGUGAGUUUGGCAAGGUCAAGUUUGGUAUCGAAGUGAAAACAGGGCAAGAGGUUGCUAUUAAACUCAUUAGAAAAGAUAGUAUUGAUUCCACCUCACGUAUGACUAAAGUUGAAAGAGAAAUAUCUGUGUUACGGGUAUUGCGACACCCAAAUAUCGUUGAACUGUUUGAUGUCAUUGAAACAGAGAAAUAUAUCGGCAUCAUCUUACAGUGCGCCACAGGCGGUGAAUUGUUCGAUUACAUCCUUGCUCAUCGUUAUCUUAAAGAAAGAGACGCUAGCAGAUUAUUUGCACAGCUGAUUAGUGGCGUACAUUAUAUGCAUCAAAAGCACAUUGUCCAUAGAGAUCUCAAAUUGGAAAACUUGUUGCUCGACAAGCAUCGCAAUGUGCUGAUCACUGACUUUGGCUUUGCAAAUCAGUUCACAUCGCCUCAGGAUGACUUGAUGUCAACUUCAUGUGGAUCCCCUUGUUAUGCGGCACCAGAGCUGGUCAUGAACCAAGGUGUGUAUGUCGGUCCUGCGGUGGAUAUUUGGUCUUGUGGUGUCAUCUUGUUUGCCAUGCUAUGCGGUUACUUGCCUUAUGACGACGAUCCAGCAAAUCCAGAGAGCUACAACAUCAAUUUACUCUACAAGUACAUUUUGAAUACCCCUUUGAUAUUCCCAGACUACAUAUCCGAAGAAGCAUGCGAUUUAUUAAGUCUAAUGCUGGUGCCUGAUCCAGAGAAGCGAUGUACAAUGGAAACCAUCAUGGCUCAUCCUUGGUUGAGCCCACACCAACAUUUGUUUGCUCAAGCGCCCCAGGAAGAGGACGAUACUAUUUCAGAAGAAGAGCAAGUGGUGCCUGAUCAAGACACACCUAUACCUGAACCCGCUAGACGCAAUACCACCAUUGGCGUAUCACAGUACCAAAAUGACGCAAAUGAAAUUGUCGAUAUACCUCAAACAAUCAAAGAGCAAGAGGUGAGCGAGGAUCAAGAAAUGGAAGAGCUGCCUUCAGAACAGCAUGAGGAUACCACUUCCAAUGCUACCACCAAAGACACACCGAUGCAGGAUAUAUCCACCAUCGAACUACCCCCUCUCACUGUUACCGCGACUACAGACGAAACGGAUGAAACCAUUACAGAGGAAAAUGCCGCCAACCAACAAGCAGAGCAGCAGCAGCAGCAGCAGCCACCAAAACAAGAGAGCAAAACACCCGUUUCACCAUCACCUCCUAUUCCCCCUCAAAAGCAAGACAUUCCCAUCAUUCAGGACGAGGUGCAGCCAAUUUCACCAUUACCUACUGUUCACCAAAAGACUGAAAAUAGACCUAAAUCAACAAUUUCCUCCACAGAAAAGGUUCUUCAUUUCCUUUCUGGUCAUAGCAACACGCCUAAACCAGGUAACACCAAUGAAAAGCGCACAAGGCACAUGUCUCUCGCAAUUGAAAAUGGAUCACCCUCCAUUUUGCAAGCUAAAUUUUUGUCCAGUAUCAAUCAACGCAAAACGGUAUCACCCUCACCCUCACCACAACAGCAGCCCACACCUGAAGCAUCGCCUUCACCCAAUACCAGUGCUAGCACGCCUCAUCCCAGCAAAAAGCCCAACAACACCAAGCGCAAUGUCCGUCUCAGCACCAUGACACCGCCACCUCAACCUCAGCCAUCACGUACGAAUGACAGAGGCACAAGAAGAAAGACACUGAGUCUAUUGGUCAACUCCAUGACCGACAAUACCAAAAUGCCAUUCUCGAACCGACGCCAGAGUAAUGCGCGUACACCACCACCUUCCACAACAGCAGCAGUAACUGAGGAACGUGUCCACAUGAUGCCUUCUGUUUCAGAACACACGAUCAACAGAAUGACCGACAAAGAAAAGCAUCGUAGCGCAGGCAAGAAAUUAAUGGAUUGGUUUAAAAAGAAGCCCUUGAGUACCAUUCACAGAUCUACAAACCAAUCUAGUGAUACAAUGUUGCACAACAGUCAUGAUCUACCCUCUUCCUCAUCCAACACUAAUUCUGGAUUUUCAGAUGCAACCACCGUAGUCGACCCCAAGCUGCGUACGCAUCACGGUGCCGUGGAUCAAGAAGCACUCACCUCGAGGCCGCCAGCACAGGUGUUUGCAGAGGUGAAAGCAGCACUCAAGGCAUCAGGCUUGGAAUGCAAACGAGAUGGAGGUGAAUACAAGCUCAAGUGUUCUCGUCCCAAACGCCCUGCUGAGAAACGAAAUAUGAACAGCCAUCAUUAUCAUCAAAAUGGCAGCAGUAGUGGCAAUCCUCCUUUCCGCAUGUUAUUACGUAGAUCCAGUGCACAUCAAUCCACUGUGUCAGCAACAACAACAACGACAACACAUACCACCAUCAAGAGCAGUGAGAGUGGUAGUAGUGACAGUAACACCAAGCCUGCCACCAUCUAUGGUGAUCCCAACGUGGAUCCCGGAGAAGAAGUUCGAUUUAGCGUGGAACUUUGCAAGAUCAAAAACCUACCAGGCCUUUAUAUUGUGGACAUGCGUCGUAUGAGAGGCAAUGUGUGGGCUUACAAGUUUAUCUAUCGUACACUUUUGGACACACUCAAGUUGGGUGGUAAAAGCGGUUACUUGAAUACCGAGAAGCAACAGCAACAACAACAACAACAACAAGAAGAAGAAGAAGCACCUCCAGUGAUCCACGAGGAGAGCAAUGCCAAUCAUCGUUUAAGUACAGCUAGUAGCAGUGGUGGAAAUAGUAGCAGCAUUUUAGAUGAUGCCCCUCAUACGCCUUCUCCUCCUAAUUUAACAAGUAAAGAAGCCAAUGCAGCAACAGCUACGGCUGUGGUAGCUUAA